AUGGCGAAGAAGCUCGCGCUCCUGGCCCUGUGCGCCUUCUUCUUCCUCCGAGGGUCAGUGGCGGCAGCUCAAUGGACACCCGCGUUCGCCACGUUCUACGGCGGCAGCGACGCGUCGGGCACCAUGGGCGGCGCGUGCGGGUACGGCAACCUGUACAGCGCCGGGUACGGCACGCGGACGACGGCGCUGAGCACGGCGCUGUUCAACAACGGCGCCAUGUGCGGCGCGUGCUUCGCCAUCGCGUGCGACGCGCGCCGGUCGCGGUGGUGCAAGCCGGGCGCCCGCUCCAUCACGGUGACGGCCACCAACCUGUGCCCGCCCAACUGGGCGCUGUCGGGCGACGCGGGGGGCUGGUGCAACCCGCCGCGCCGCCACUUCGACAUGUCGCAGCCGGCGUGGGAGGCCAUCGCCGUGUACCGCGCCGGGAUCGUGCCCGUCAACUACCGCCGCGUGCCGUGCCGCAGGACUGGAGCCGUCAGGUUCACCGUGCAGGGCCACAGCUACUUCGAGCUGGUCACCAUCGCCAACGUGGGCGGCAGCGGCGUCGUGGCGCAGGCGUGGAUCAGGGGCUCCGCCACGGAAUGGAUGCCCAUGAACCGCAACUGGGGCGCCAACUGGCAGAGCAACGCCUACCUCGAUGGGCAGGGCCUCUCGUUCCGCCUCAGGUCCGACGACGGCCGCGUCGUCACGGCGUACAACGUCGCGCCCGCCGGCUGGUGGUUCGGCGCCACCUACACGUCCAAUGCCCAAUUCUAG